AUGGACUUGGCCCAGGCAACUCUCCGGUCUUCGGCGGUGGCGGACAGCUUUACCACGCGGGAGGAUGCCAAGAAGCAGAAAGCACUCCAGGAGGCUCGCGCGGCGGGCACGGCUGCCCCUGAGACCGAUGAAUUUACUGGGAAGAUGAUCAACCCGCACAACCCGGAGUUCAUCACCAAGGCACCAUGGUACUUGAACCAAGAUCGGCCGUCACUGAGACACCACCAAGCCUGGAAUGCCAAAUCGAUGGGCACGAAAGAUUGGUAUAUUCGAGGCACCAAGGGUGACGUCAAGACGAAGUUCAUCAAAGGAGCAUGUGAGAACUGCGGUGCCACAACGCACACGAAAAAGGACUGUGUAGAGAGACCUCGGGCGAUCACAGCCAAGCAGAACGGCAAGAACCUCAUGCCCGACGAGUACAUCACGGAGCUGAACCUUGACUACGACGGCAAGCGCGACCGCUGGAACGGCUUCCAACCGGACGACUAUAAGCAAGUCAUCGAGGAGUGGGAGCGGGUCGAAGCCGAGCGAAGACGCGUGAAAGCCGCCGAGAUGGAAGAGCGUGCAAAGCUGAAAGAGCGGCUUAAAGCUCAAAAGAAGCUGCUGAAGAAGAAGCGCAAGCAGCGACGGCGACAGCUGCGCCGACAGGCUGAAGGAAGAGACGAUGAUGACACCGACACUGGAGACUCCGACACAGGAGACUCCGACACGGACACCGAUACAGACAGCGAUAGCGAGGCAUCCGACGACGAGGACUUGGGCGAGAAGCUCAAGGACUUCGACAAGUCGACUUCUACUGUGGCUGCGAAAGAUGACAAGCUGCGCACUACAACCAGGAACCUGCGAAUCCGUGAAGACACUGCGAAGUACCUGUUGAAUUUGGACGUGAACUCGGCCUACUACGAUCCGAAAUCCAGGUCCAUGCGGCAAGAUCCGCUCGCUCACCUCAAGGACGAGGAGAAGGGAACGGCCUUCCGAGGGGAUAACUUCCUCAGGCAAUCAGGGGAUUCCAAAGCCCUGACGGAGCUCAUGUGCUUCGCGUGGGACUCCUACAAGCAUGGAGAGAAGAUCCAUGAUACUGCGCAGCCGACCCAAGCACUGAAGAUGUUUGAGGUUUACAAGAACCGGGCUACGAAUCUGAAAGAGCAGCAGCAGAAGGAGCUCAUGGACAAGUACGGUGGCCAGGAGCACAUGGAAGCUCCCCGGGAGCUCAUAUUCUCUCAGAACGAGAACUACGUGGAGUACUCACGUGAUGGACGUGUGUUGAAGGGCCAGGAGCGGGCCUUGACCAAGUCCAAGUACGAAGAGGACGUCCUUGUAGGCAACCACUCGUCGGUUUGGGGCUCAUGGUUUGAUGCAGCCACUGGAAGGUGGGGCUUUGCCUGCUGCCAUCAGCUCAUGAAGAACUCCUACUGCGUGCCCAUCAAGAAAAGCGAUGUCGAGGCUCAGGCCAUUGAGGGCGAAGCCGAAGCAGCCGAAGAGGCUGUCCCGGCCCUGGACGACGGAGCUGGCGUGGGCCUUGACCUUGCGGGAGACUCUCCGGCGGCGGGCAGCAGGGAGGCUUCCAAGCUUAGCGAGAAGAGGACAUCCGCUUUCGGGCACGUCCUCGAGGAAGUGGAGGACUUGGAUUCCGGCCGACUCGCUGAGGCAGUGGAGGCGGCGAAGAAGAAGCAGAAGCUGGAAAGGAAGGAGGCACGGGACGGCAAGAGGGGCCUGACGUUGGAUGAUGAGCGAAAUCGCGGGUACAAUGCAGUCACCGGCGAGGGCCUCAACGACGAGAUCAGCCCGGAGGAGUACGAGGCCUAUCGACUGACGCGACAGCGCGCCGACGAUCCCAUGGCACAGUUCAUGUGA